CUCCACCCCCCACCCCCCAGCUGAGUGGAGGAGUUGAUGUGUCUCAUUAUAAGAGCCAAUGCAGCCGCCAUCCACGCACAAGCAAAGAAGCAUGUCCCAUUUAAAUACACCCACGCAGCCGAAGCGCCCUUAGCUGAUCAGGGCGCGCAGCCCACACGCACCGCGGCUCCCGGCUUGGAGGUCCCGGCAGGUUGGGCUCCCGGACCCAGCGGAACGAGGAGCGGAGGAUCGCGAUCCGGCGCUGUGGAUAAGGGGUGGGCGGGGGAGGCUGGGCCCGGGGGCCUCUGGCGCGACACCCGCAUGAGGACGCGAGUGAAAUAGACCAAGGUGGAAUUUCCAAGGGACAAGCUUCGAGGUGGUUUUGGUCCAUUUCUCCGGCGAAGAAGUAGACAUGGCGAGCGAUUCCCCGGCUCGCAGUCUGGAUGAAAUCGAUCUCUCGGCACUGAGGGACCCUGCAGGGAUCUUUGAAUUGGUGGAACUUGUUGGAAAUGGAACAUAUGGACAAGUUUAUAAGGGUCGUCAUGUCAAAACAGGCCAGCUUGCUGCCAUUAAGGUCAUGGAUGUCACAGGGGAUGAAGAGGAAGAAAUCAAGCAAGAAAUUAACAUGUUGAAAAAGUAUUCUCAUCACCGGAAUAUUGCUACAUACUAUGGUGCUUUUAUUAAAAAGAACCCACCCGGCAUGGAUGACCAACUUUGGUUGGUGAUGGAGUUUUGUGGAGCCGGCUCUGUCACUGACCUGAUCAAGAACACGAAAGGUAACACGUUGAAGGAGGAGUGGAUUGCGUACAUCUGCAGGGAGAUCUUACGAGGGCUAAGUCACCUGCACCAGCAUAAAGUGAUUCAUCGAGAUAUUAAAGGGCAAAAUGUCUUGCUGACUGAAAAUGCAGAAGUUAAACUAGUGGACUUUGGAGUCAGUGCCCAGCUUGACCGAACAGUGGGCAGGAGGAAUACUUUCAUCGGCACUCCCUACUGGAUGGCGCCGGAAGUUAUUGCCUGUGAUGAAAACCCAGAUGCGACAUAUGAUUUCAAGAGUGACUUGUGGUCUCUGGGAAUCACCGCUAUCGAGAUGGCAGAAGGUGCUCCCCCUCUCUGUGACAUGCACCCAAUGAGAGCCCUCUUCCUCAUCCCCCGGAACCCAGCGCCACGGCUGAAGUCUAAGAAAUGGUCAAAAAAAUUUCAGUCAUUUAUUGAGAGCUGUUUGGUAAAGAAUCAUAGCCAGCGACCAGCGACAGAGCAACUGAUGAAGCAUCCGUUUAUACGAGACCAACCUAAUGAACGACAGGUCCGCAUUCAGCUUAAGGACCAUAUCGAUAGGACAAAGAAAAAGCGAGGAGAGAAAGAUGAGACAGAAUACGAGUACAGCGGAAGUGAGGAAGAAGAGGAGGAAAAUGACUCAGGAGAGCCCAGCUCCAUUCUGAACCUGCCAGGGGAGUCUACACUGCGGCGGGACUUCCUGAGGCUGCAGCUGGCCAACAAGGAGCGGUCUGAGGCCCUGCGGAGGCAGCAGCUGGAGCAGCAGCAGCGGGAGAACGAGGAGCACAAGCGACAGCUGCUGGCAGAGCGCCAGAAGCGCAUAGAGGAGCAGAAGGAACAGCGGCGGCGGCUGGAGGAGCAACAAAGGCGAGAGAAGGAGCUGCGGAAGCAGCAGGAGCGGGAGCAGCGCCGGCACUACGAGGAGCAGAUGCGCCGGGAGGAGGAGAGGAGGCGUGCGGAGCACGAGCAGGAGUACAUCAGGCGACAGUUAGAGGAGGAGCAGAGACAGUUAGAGAUCUUGCAGCAGCAGCUACUGCAUGAACAAGCUCUACUUCUGGAAUAUAAGCGCAAACAAUUGGAAGAACAGAGACAAGCAGAAAGACUGCAGAGACAGCUAAAGCAAGAGAGAGACUACUUGGUUUCCCUUCAGCACCAACGGCAGGAGCAGAGGCCCGUGGAGAAGAAGCCAUUGUACCAUUACAAAGAAGGGAUGAGUCCUAGUGAGAAGCCAGCAUGGGCCAAGGAGGUGGAAGAACGGUCGAGGCUCAACCGGCAGAGUUCACCUGCCAUGCCUCACAAGGUUGCCAACAGGAUAUCUGACCCCAACCUGCCCCCGAGGUCAGAGUCCUUCAGUAUCAGUGGGGUUCAGCCUGCUCGGACCCCCCCUAUGCUCAGACCAGUUGAUCCACAGAUCCCACAUCUGGUAGCUGUAAAAUCCCAGGGACCUGCCUUGACCGCCUCCCAGUCAGUACACGAGCAGCCCACCAAGGGCCUCUCUGGGUUCCAGGAGGCUCUGAACGUGACCUCUCACCGCGUUGAGAUGCCGCGCCAGAACUCGGAUCCCACCUCAGAAAACCCUCCUCUCCCCACUCGCAUUGAGAAGUUUGACAGAAGUUCUUGGUUACGACAGGAAGAAGACAUUCCACCAAAGGUGCCUCAAAGAACAACUUCUAUAUCCCCAGCGUUAGCCAGAAAGAACUCUCCUGGAAAUGGUAGUGCUCUGGGACCCAGACUCGGAUCUCAACCCAUCAGAGCAAGCAACCCUGACCUCCGGAGAACCGAGCCCGUCUUGGAGAGUCCCUUGCAGAGGACCAGCAGUGGCAGUUCCUCCAGCUCCAGCACCCCAAGCUCCCAGCCCAGCUCCCAAGGCGGCUCUCAGCCUGGAUCACAAGCAGGGUCCAGUGAACGGACCAGAGUGCGAGCCAACAGCAAGUCGGAAGGAUCACCUGUGCUUCCCCACGAGCCUGCCAAGCCGAAACCAGAGGAAUCCAGGGACAUAACCCGACCUAGUCGACCGGCUAGCUAUAAGAAAGCUAUAGAUGAGGAUCUGACGGCAUUAGCCAAAGAAUUACGAGAACUCCGGAUUGAAGAAACAAACCGCCCACUGAAAAAAGUGACUGAUUACUCCUCCUCCAGCGAGGAGUCGGAAAGUAGUGAUGAAGAGGAGGAAGAUGGAGAGAGCGAGACCCAUGAUGGGACAGUGGCUGUCAGUGACAUACCCAGACUGAUACCAACAGGCGCUCCCGGGGGCACAGAGCAGUACAACGUGGGAAUGGUCGGCACACACGGCCUGGAGACCUCUCAUGCAGACACGUUCAGCGGCAGUAUUUCAAGAGAAGGAACCUUGAUGAUAAGAGAGACAUCUGGAGAGAAGAAGCGAUCUGGCCACAGUGACAGCAAUGGCUUCGCAGGCCAUAUCAACCUCCCGGACCUGGUGCAGCAGAGUCAUUCCCCAGCUGGGACCCCAACCGAGGGUCUAGGACGUGUCUCCACUCACUCCCAGGAAAUGGACUCCGGGGCUGAAUAUGGCAUGGGGAGCAGCACUAAAGCAUCCUUCACCCCCUUUGUGGACCCCAGAGUAUACCAGACAUCUCCCACUGAUGAAGAUGAAGAGGAUGAAGAAUCAUCAGCCACAGCUCUGUUUACUAGCGAACUUCUUAGGCAAGAACAAGCCAAACUCAAUGAAGCAAGAAAGAUUUCAGUGGUAAACGUAAACCCAACCAACAUUCGGCCUCAUAGUGACACACCGGAAAUCAGAAAAUACAAGAAACGAUUCAAUUCAGAAAUACUUUGUGCAGCUCUGUGGGGUGUAAACCUCCUGGUGGGAACUGAAAAUGGCCUGAUGCUUUUGGACCGAAGUGGGCAAGGCAAAGUCUAUAAUCUGAUCAAUCGGAGGCGAUUUCAGCAGAUGGAUGUGCUCGAGGGACUGAAUGUCCUCGUGACAAUAUCAGGAAAGAAGAAUAAGCUACGAGUUUACUAUCUUUCAUGGUUAAGGAACAGAAUACUACACAAUGACCCAGAAGUGGAAAAGAAACAAGGCUGGAUCACCGUUGGGGACUUGGAAGGCUGUAUACAUUACAAAGUUGUUAAAUAUGAAAGGAUCAAAUUCUUGGUGAUUGCCUUAAAGAAUGCUGUGGAGAUAUAUGCUUGGGCUCCAAAACCAUAUCAUAAGUUCAUGGCAUUUAAGUCUUUUGCAGAUCUCCAGCACAAGCCACUGCUUGUUGAUCUCACAGUAGAAGAAGGACAAAGAUUAAAGGUUAUUUUUGGUUCACACACUGGUUUCCAUGUAAUUGAUGUUGAUUCAGGAAACUCUUAUGAUAUCUACAUACCAUCUCAUAUUCAGGGCAAUAUCACUCCUCAUGCCAUUGUCAUCUUGCCUAAAACAGAUGGGAUGGAAAUGCUUGUUUGCUAUGAGGAUGAGGGGGUGUAUGUAAACACCUACGGCCGGAUAACUAAGGAUGUGGUGCUCCAAUGGGGAGAAAUGCCCACGUCUGUGGCCUACAUUCAUUCCAAUCAGAUAAUGGGCUGGGGCGAGAAAGCUAUUGAGAUCCGGUCAGUGGAAACAGGACAUUUGGAUGGAGUAUUUAUGCAUAAGCGAGCUCAAAGGUUAAAGUUUCUAUGUGAAAGAAAUGAUAAGGUAUUUUUUGCAUCCGUGCGAUCUGGAGGAAGUAGCCAAGUGUUUUUCAUGACCCUCAACAGAAAUUCCAUGAUGAACUGGUAACAGAAGAGCACUUGGCACUUAUCUUCAUGGCGUUAUUUCUAAUUUAAAAGAACAUAACUCAUGUGGACUUAUGCCAGUCUAGAGGCAGAAUCAGAAGGCUUGGUUGAACAUACCACUUUCCCCUUUUCCUCUCCCUCCUCCCGUCCCAAAACAGUCCAUCUUUCAAUGUUGCAGCCUGGUUGAGAAGGAGAGAAAAAGGUGGCAAGAAUUUCCAGGAGAUCCCCAAGAAUGCUUCGUUGCUGUGGACAAAGAUGGACCAUGUGCCCUUCGGAGUUAGGGGUAGAAACAAAUAUUGUGUGCUCUUAUGAUUAAGCUGUGUUAUGGUGGAUUCUGAGUUUUGUUUUGUUUUUUACCUUUUUUCUUUACUCCCUUACUUUGUCAGAAUGGGGAGAGAAUGCAUACUGAGAAAAUUAGUCUGUUUUUAAUUCUGUCUGCCUGCUAGCUUUAAGUAUACAAUAUGUUGUAAAAUUUCCAAUUUCAAAUGGUGAGAGACAGCACAAUAAAUGUACCUUAUCUCCUUACACUGAAGGCCAUAACUGCAUAGUGGGGUAACUUUAGAACUCUUUUGCCUUCACCAACCCAAAAGGUUGCUUUUGGUAGCAACUGGCUAAUGAAUUUUUAAGAGAAGAAAAAUACUGUACUGUUUUCCCCUCUUUUGGGAAAUAGAUUUUAAAUGGCUAAACUAUUAGCCUUAGACUAAUAAAAUCAACUGCCAUUUUUGAGUCUGACAGGCCCUAUUUUUAUAUGGCCCUGUACAGAAUGGAGUGUGUUGAAUGGGACAGUCGUGUCAUUGAGUUGAGUUGGCUCUAGUGAUUGAGGGAUCCCAUAACGUACUUUUCCCUCAGCUAUUAUGCAACAGGUCAGGGCAAAAGAUGGGAUGGCAGAUGAGGUCAAACAGAAAGAGCUUCUGGGAAACAAAAUUAAAAAAAACACAUACACACACAUUCUUUUUUAAAUAUACAAGGCCUCCCGGCUAAGAGGUCACCCGGUUUGGGCUUCAUGAGGAAUGAGACUUUGUUGAGUUCUAAGUGGGGUGUGAAUGACAUCCAGGCUCGGGUCACUCCCAGCUUCCUCCUGACAAUGCCACUUUCUCAAGAUGAAAACUGUGACUGAAAAAAAAUACUGAUAAAUGUUUCUGAGCUGCCUGUGUUCUCUUGGGUUGGUGAGAGAAGGGACUAGACUACUAUGCCUGCCUGAGACAGUAGGCAUCAUUGGUUCCGAUUUUAUAGAACUUGAAAGCAAGGCUUUGGCCAAAAUUCUGAGAUCCUAAUCAUUUUACCUUCCUCCAAAUUACCCAACAUAUGGUAAACAACAUUUGUGCAGAGAUAAUGUGUGUAUUUAGUUCAGGUUGACUCGUGUCCUUAUAAACUCUUAUUCAGAUGAUUUGAACUUUUACGUGACUGUCUGGGAUUUUUUUUCCAAAGCUACAAGCAUGGCCACCUGUGGUAUCGAGGUGUUGCAAACCGGUAUCUGUGUUGCGCUUCCUGUUUUAACCUACCUCGUUUCGUUCGUUUUGUUUCACUGUUCAUCACAGCAGUGUUAUCUCCAGGAGACAUAUAGAGAGCUCAACUGGCAAUCUCAGGUGUAUUUAAUAUUUUUUAAACAAACAGUAGUUGACCAAAUUGUUCUUGUUGAAAACUAAAAAAAAAAGAAAAAAAAAAUCCAACAGCAGAAACUAAUGUGGCUUGUUUCUGGAGAAAACAGCUACUGCAAACAGAUUUAAAAAAAAAAAGAAAAAGAAAAAUCUGUGAUCCUACUGAUUUUGCCUAAAUACAUGAGCAGCUAAUGUACUAUUAAUGAGAACGAAAUACGCAUUAGGGAAAUGGAGCCAUUUCAAUCUGGUGGUUUGGACGAGGGAGGGAAGGGAAGGGGAAUUAUUCUGGUUUCUGAAGUAGAUGAUCAUGCCCCUCCUGUAAAGGUGGUUGUCGUUUGCAUUAUUUUAAGCAGGUAACACAAGAAAGGAAUUGGGGAUUAUCUUCAGGCAAUCACCACGAUGUCCUCAACAUGGUCCCUUAGCUCUCAAAAGCAAUGAAAUCCUCCCGUUCUCAUUUUUACUGCUGUGAUUCUGCUGCUGAACAAUACUAUCUUCACAAAUUCCAUGCAACAAAUUCAGCAAUAACUUUUUGGAUUGAAUUUAGCAACUACUAUAAUUGGAUGCGGAUGUGAACAAAAUAUAUUGAUUUGGGUCUCAUCCCCAAAUGUGAUUGCCACCAGCUCUUUAUAUUGCUGCUGUGGUAUUUUAAACCAGAAGCUUCUUUAAAUUAUGUUGCAAACUGAUCUUUGUUUUCAUGUUAUGUUUUGUUUUUAUUUCUAAGUGAUAAGUUUGAAACACACAGCUUUAAAUGAUUUUUUUAUUGUGGGAUUUGGGGUACAGUUAAGAAAUAAAAGGGAAUCAUUGUGUUUAAACAUAAGGUAGUUUGUGAAUGUAUUUUUUAAAAUCUAGAUUCAUUGAAACAAAAACUCAUAAGAAAACAAUAUUAAUGCAGUCUUGUUUACAGUAUGUACAGUGACAUAACAUAGAACAUGAGCUUUUUCUGGUGCCAACAACAAUAAAACACAGACGUUAAACAUCAAGCCAUGCCUUUUAUAUUUUUGUACAAGUAUUUUACACUGAGUACAAGGCAAAACCAAAUUUAUAAGUGUCCCCCACACGCACACACACACAAACCUGUGUACUCCUUAAAAGAUA